AUGGCGACCAAGGAAGAAACACCAGAAACUAAACCACCACCACCAGCAGAAGAAGCCAAAGCGCCUGAAGAGGACAAAGCAGUCGAAGCCAAGAAAAAACGCGAAGAGAGCGAAGAGCUUACCAAGCGACUCCAAAAGCUAGCCUUGGAACGACAAAAACAAAGCACUGGAGAACGAUUGAAGGUGAUUCAAUCCGACGACCAUCAAAGUCAUCUAAGUGGCGCCAAAACAUUCCAAGAGCUCAAUUUGCCCAAACACUUGCUCGAUGCUAUUUUCGCCAUGGGAUUUGACCGGCCGUCUGCCAUUCAAGAAGAGGCCUUGCCGCGCAUUCUUGCCGAUCCUCCUCGCAACCUUAUUGGACAAGCCCAGUCGGGUAGUGGAAAGACGGCUGCGUUCACUGUGGGAAUGUUGUACCGGACAGUGGUCGAUGAACCACCCACGACGCAGGCCUUGUGUGUGACGCCGAGUCGAGAAUUGGCCAUCCAAAUUUUUGAAAAGGCGGUGCGUCCCAUGGCGGCCAACAUGGUGGGCCUCAAAAUCCAAUUGGCCAUCAAGGGAACAGACAUAGAAAAGGGACAAAAACUCGUGGCACACAUUGUCAUUGGAACUCCCGGAAAGAUUGUCGCGUGGUUGAAAAACAAAAAGAUCAAUGCCAAGACCAUCAAGGUCUUUGUUCUGGACGAAGCCGACAAUAUGGUGGCAGAAGGAGGACAUCGGGCCAAUUCACUAUUGAUCAAGAAGCAUAUGCCCAAGUAUUGUCAAUCUCUUUUGUUUUCCGCUACCUUCCCCAAAGAUGUCGUACAAUUUGCGGACAAGAUGAUUUACAAAGCCGACAAAAUUCUCAUUGAGAGUGAGGAAUCAUUGGUUUUGGAUAUUAUCAAACAAUUAUGGAUCGAUACAAGAAACUACGACGGAGGAAAAAUCGAGUUCCUUGCCGAUAUCUAUAGUUUAUUGACCAUUGGUCAAUCCAUCAUUUUUGUUGCCACUGUCGAUAAUGCUAACAAGGUACACCGAUCGUUGGAGGAAAAUGGAUAUACUUGUUCCGUUCUUCAUGGUAGACUGCUUCCAGAAGAACGUGACUCCACUAUGGAUGAUUUCCGAAUGGGAAAGUCCAAUGUCUUGGUGACUACAAAUGUCUUGGCUCGUGGAGUGGAUGUCGAUAAUGUCUGUUUGGUCAUCAACUAUGAUCCUCCUCUAGACAGGGACAACAACCCUGACUUUGAGACGUAUUUGCAUCGUAUCGGACGUACGGGACGAUUCGGGCGCAAGGGUACUGCCAUUAGUCUGGUGGAUGAUGCCAAAUCGGUGGAUGUGUUGGCGGCAAUCGAAAGUCACUUCUCCAAAGAAGGAAAGGAAAUGAUUGCACAAGCCGAGGCUGAUCCCGAAGCCUUGGCGGAUGUGAUUGAAAUUUAG